CAGAUUUAAUUGUCUCAGAAAUGGAGAGAAUUAUAUUCAUCACUUUUCUUCUGACAGCUGUCUUCAGUUUCUCUGCAUGUUUUGCAAAUCAGUAUCAUUUUAUGAAUAUUAAUUUGACUUGGACUGAAGCUCAGAGAUACUGCAGAGUGAAUUACACAGAUCUGGUCACCAUCAACAGCAAGACUGACAUUAACGAAAUGAUGAAGACUGUGAAAGAUGAAAGUGUUCAGCAUGUCUGGAUCGGACUGCACAAGACACAGAAUAAAACAUGGAAGUGGUCUCUGGGUAACCCUGCAUUCUACACAGGAAGUGAUUCACAUUAUCAGAACUGGGAAAGCAAUAACAUACAUGUUGUUGGUGACUGUGUUUGUAUGGAUGGCCAGAAUGGCAAAUGGGAUAAUAAAAAAUGUGCAGAAUAUAAAAACUUUAUUUGCUAUAACGAUAAGUUUGUUCUUAUCCAGCAGAAUCUGACCUGGAAUGAAGCUCUGAAAUACUGCAGAGACAAUCAUGUGGAUCUGGUGUCAGUUGAGUCUCAGCAGAUUCAGAACUCGGUGAUGAAUGUGGUUAAAAAUGCCUUGACUGCAGUGGUGUGGCUGGGUCUACGUCAGGCCUGUGCUCUGGGCAUCUGGUUCUGGGUGAAUGGAGAGAUUGUGUGCUACCAGGACUGGGCUGCAGGUAAUGGGACAGGAGUGGAAGACUGCAGUGACACAGCUGGAGCAGUUCUGUCUGGAGAUAAUCAGACCUGGAUCAGCCUUCCUCAAACUCUCAAACUCAACUUCAUCUGCACCAACUAUGAAGAACACGAAAGCAAUGCCGUAGCAACCACUCAGGACUCUGAAGCGACUGCAUCCCAGAAUAUUUUUUACAACCGUCCAGUAAUGUCCAAACUACAACUCCCUACAACUGUUGUGUCCAUCUAACAUUCACGGUUUGUCUUGAAUAACAUGUACUUUCCUAGUUUAAAUUGAAAAAUUUUCAUGUGAAUAAAUGUUAAAUGACUUUCAAAAAUCAAGUUUAUUUACUGUUGUGUUAUUAUUUUAUCGGCCUAUCAGCAAUAUACAUAUAACAAUAAGAUCAUAUUUUAGU